GGAUUGGACAGGUGGGGGUACCCCUCCGUCCCAUAUCUUGCUUGGUAUACUCGUUAGUGUCGAGCUGUCUACACAGAAACACACCUUUCGGUUGGCAUCAAUUUGCGCCACUUCACUGCCGACUGAGCUAAGUGAUAGGGCGAUAUGUCAAACCAUAGAGCGAGGAGUUAAUCGUUGUAGAAAACGACUGGUGUGAAGACGACCAAAUCGAAACCAACAUUUUACGGACAGAAGUAAACUGGGAAUGCAUCAAUGAACAUAUGGAUCUUGAAGAUCUUGCAUCACAUUAACUACGAUGAGGAUUUUUGUGGCACUGUUUGUUAUUCUGAUAGCUGUAUUGGUACUGGCUGAAAUUGGAGAAGCCAAGAAAAAGAAAGAGCCUCAUAGAUCAGAAGCAGAAGCUGCUGAAGAUGCUGGGCGUCACCGUGGCAACAGGCAACGUGAGAAAGAGAGAAGGGGCAAGAAAAACCGUGGACGCCAAAAUGGGGAACAAACUGAUGGGGAUGUAGCAGAUCAAGAUGAUGCCACUGCUGACACUGAAGCAAUGGAACCUGAAGAGCCUCAGGAGGUGCCUGAAGCUCAGCCUCAAGAAGAAAGUUCGGCUCCAAGGAGAGGCAAAAAGAGACAGAGAGGUGAGGGAAAAGGAGGAGCCGAGCCAGACAAGACAGCUCGUAGGGCAGCCAAGGAAGAGCGCUUGCAGAAAAGACUUGAGAAACAAGCAGAGAAGGAAGCACGUAAGGAAGGAAGAGCAACUCGCAAGGAAGCACGUAAGGAAGCUAAAAGAGAAUCGAAACAAGCUGCUAAUGCCGAGAGGAAACAAGCGCGCAAAGAAGCUAAGAAGAUUCAACGACAAAACAUGACCAGUGACUGUACUGAACAUACUGAAUGCCCAGCAGGAAGCUGUUGCCAACAUCGUGGAGCUGUGCAGAAAUGUCGUGUUUUCAAUAAACCAGAGGGCAGUAGGUGCUUUGCUGAUUGUGUUUGUGCUGAAGGUUUGGAAUGUUUUAUUCGUGAGGGCAAGCAGUCGAAGCAUCCAGAUGGUAGUGCAAAGGGACGUUGUCGUAUGGUAGGAGAUGAGCCAACCAAUGAGGAACAAGCUCAAGAUGAGGAGUAAAUCACGGAGAUUGAAGAGGACAGGAUGGGGUAAUAUGUUCGGUACAGGGUUCAUAGUAAGAAGGAUUAUGAGUGAGAGUAGGGAAUAACAUCAAAUACUAACAAGAGGAAAAGUUUACUUCUUAGUGUUAUAUUUGCGUAUAAUUAUGUGCUAAUGUUGUUCAGGUUGUAGUUUCUACUGGUAAUCCUGACCCAUCGGUUGACUCGUGAUGAAGUUCAUUUCUGCCACAAAUGUUGAUAUCAGUUAAAUAUAUGAAAGGCUUCAUUCCAAAAUCAAUUUCCUACACCAUUCAGAUAUUGAGCAAUGUUUCCACAAUUAAUGGAUAUUUAAGAUAAAAUAGAGAGGUCUCCCUAAAUGUUAGCUUUUCAUUCAUCUGACUCAUUGAGUCAGAAAACCCCUGGAAACUGGCUGGAGGCAACUAUUAGAAGGUGAAAUUCAGAGUAGGACUGAAAUGGCACUUAUCUUGAUUUGGAAAAACCCCUUCAUAUUAUGUGCUUUCUUUGUAGAGGAUACGUGAAAUGACGUGCUAACAUUAGUGUCUCUUUUUUCACAACUCUGUAACCACAUAGCUGCUAAAACUUGUAGAAUAGAGGCCUUCUUGGCCAAUUGCAAAGGCCCAAAAAUAGUUGUGCUUCUGAUUACACGCCUCUCCAAAAUAGGUUUUAAAUGGCUUCAAUUUUUCAGUUCUGGUUAAAUGGCAUGAAUGGGGAUGAAAGCUUACAAAAUUUUCCAUAAAAAAAGAUAAGAACUUGCCUUAAUCAAUGUAACAGUAUCUACAGUCAACAGUUAUUCAGAGUUAUGGACAACAGAGCACCAUGCACAAUGCUAGUCGGGUAAUCAUGACGGCAAACUGGCUAAUUAUGUCGAGUGGUAAUGCGUGUUGCAUUUAGAGGGGUGGGCAAUAAACCUUUGCUGUGGCAGGAAACUUUGUGGUAACACGCUUACUUCAAAUACGUGUACCAGCAACAGAACCUCAAAUUAAAUUCAUGAACGCAGAAAAUUAUUCCAUUGGUGAGAGAUCAAGUUCUGUGAACUAACAGAAUCAAUGUUUUUACUGUAUAGCUGCCUGCAUGUAUGGUGUAGUGGAACGACGCUAUUUUGGCUAGGAUGCAUAGACUUCUGCAUUUCUAUCACGCCGCCUUUAGCAGAACCAGUGUAGGAUUGCUUCAUAUGCGAUGAGCAUUACUGCAAACGUGUUUUCACCAUUGCGAUGGCAAAACAUAAAGGGAACUUUUGAAAAUUAUGGCAGUUUAUUUCAGAAGUUGCAAGUGUAAGAAGGAAAACAUGUAAAUACAACUGUUUUAAUGUUAAAAAAAGGUUGUUCAGAGGUGUUUUGUAUUCUUGAAAAUAUCUAAAAUUUUGUUUUCUAACUUGCCAAUAAAAAUUUAGGUUCAUGCCGAAAAAUUAAGGUUGGUUAGGAAACCGGAAGCAGAACUAUUUUUGGGGGGCUCAAUUAAUAAAGUUUAUGUCCCUUGCUUUGUUGUAGGUUCAAGGCAGUUGGGUGUUGAAUUUCCUUUGAAUCAUGAUUAUCAAGCUGUAUGAAUAUUGUUGACUGUUUUUUAUGUUUUACCAAACUUACUAAGGUUAAAUGCACAAAAACUUAACUGUGUUUUACAGAUUCUUACAUUUUGUACGUCCUAAGUGUGAGUUUUUAUAGAUUUAUUUUUAAGUUCCUAAGUUUGAAUGAUUUUCAACCCUUUGAAUUUUUGCAGGAUCGAUGGUGUGCUAAUUUGUACAAUGUUAAAAAGUCUGUGUUUGUGUUAGUUCUUGUUGACAGGAUGAAAGGAAUUGAAACAAAAGUUGGGUUGUCCUAAAUGUGUGAUGAAAUUUUAGUUAUAGUUUUCAUUCUGAAAAAUGCAACAAUACACUUGUCACUGACAGAUGCAUGUACAUUCAUUUAUUUAAAAUCUCCAUUUAACCUGUAGAAUAACAAGAAUCAUGUUUGUAUUGUUUUAGUGCGGUAAGAAAAAUAUUUCUAUUCAAGUGAACAAAUUAUCGCUAACACUUUCAUUGUACAUUAGCGUAUGUUUUCAUUGCAGUUUGGGAAAUCUCAUUUUUUUCUAUAAAGGCGUUUUGUGAAGCAUUUAGCAUUAUAAUUGUGAAAGGCUAAAAAGCUUUUCCCUGAAUAAAAUACAGUAAUGUUGAAUGAUUUCAAGUCGCAUUAUCUGUGUAAGGUGCCAAACAAGUGCUGCUUACAUUGUAGGAAAAAUUUCUGCAGAGUUGUACAUGCAUUUGGAGUUUCAGUUGACUAAAUGAUCCAAACAAUUCUUCAUCCACUUUGAGACUGAUAACGAAGUAACUUGGACUUAACUGGCAAAUGAAAAAAUCAAUUUAUAACCAUUCUGUUUAUUCAAACCACCCCAAUGAAGCUUUAACAAUGAGGUACAUGAAUAUGCUAUAAGUAAGUUGUUGCCAUAAAGGUAGUGCCAAAAGCGUGUUCUAAAGGCAAUUAUGUUGACGCACAACAAAAGUAAUUUUUAUUGAUAUACACAAGUUACGUUUUCCCAUAAUAACGGUGUUUUGAAAUGCACUGAUAAACACCAUUGUCACCCUGUUUAGAGAGUACUUAGUAAUCAUGGCAGUUUAUUAUAUAAAACGUGCAAAGGGUACUUUAGUGUGAAUGUAUGAAGCUAACUUGGUUAUACUCGUUGAAAAAUGAACAUUUUGGUCUCGAUUCACUGAACAUAAAAUAGACCCCAUUGUUUGCACAAGUAAGUAUACCCAUGGUUCAACGUAUACGCAAAUUUAUCGGGCACAAACCUGAUAAUCAUAAUCUUGAAUUAUGUUGCUGAAAGAAAUUUGUUGGAACAAGCAGCACUCAUGUUUGCUGCUGACAUUUCAACAUUGGAAGGAAAAAUUCCAAUACAGCUGUUGCUCAGAAAGGACAUUUUUUAAACUAAAUAAUAUUAAUUUUGGUGAAAGUAGGGACGGUAGCGUAGGUUUUGUCUGUAUCGUUAUUCAUUCAUAGUAUAUUGCAGUCAUGGUAAUGUAAUUCUAUUUAGCAAAAGAGGUGCAGUAUAACCACAUUUAAACCACGCUUACAUUAUGAGAAACAUUUCUUAUUAAAAAAUAUUUAAAAUCUCGA